AUGGAAAAAAUGGCGUCCCUUGAUAGAAGAAGAAUCAAGUCCGACCAUUUUUCCUCUCAACAACUUCACAUGACAAAAUGGCACAUACUUCAGAAUGCUGUUAUUGUCAGUCUCACUGAAACUAGGAAAGUGGGCAUACGCAGGUGCUCCAUUCCUCACAUGGAAUUCAACAGACUGGGUUUCAACAAGAGAAUGAAGGUGCCAACAGUAAAACUUUUGUCGGGAUAUGAAAUACCGUUAGUGGGUCUUGGAACUUGGCAGAGUAAAUCUGGAGAGGUAGGAAAAGCUGUCGAGGCUGCUAUAAGUGCCGGUUAUACCCACAUCGACUGUGCGUGGGUGUAUGGUAAUCAGGUGGAGAUCGGCGAGGCGCUCAAACGACUAUUUUCCUCUGGUCACAAAAAGAAUGUACUUGAAAUCCUUGAUCAACUACAGUUGAAGUACGUUGACUUAAUGCUUAUUCAUUGGCCAGUCGGCUAUGAAGAAGGUGGUGGCCCAUUUCCAAAGAUUCGUAGUAUUGGCAUUUCGAAUUUCAACCACAAGCAAAUCGAGCGAAUCGAGAUUCAUCCAUACUUCCAGCAAAAAAAGUUGAGAGUGUUUUGCAAGGAAAAGGGAAUUGCAGUAACUGCCUACAGGUGA